CCUCCCCGUCUGUGUGUCAACUCUGUGACGGGUCACGGUGUGUCGGAGCUGGGGGUUGGAGUCGGUGUGAGAGCACCGUCACCGUCCGCCUCUGCUUACGGUAAAAAGCUCUCGCUCCGGGGGGAGAGAGAGUUGGACGGGAAAGCGAAACAGUCGACAGAAGCGGCCGGGAGCGUCCUGAGAGCCCCGGCGUCAGGGGAGGGGGGCUCGCCGCGUCGGACGCACGCACGGACGGACGGCUGGGAUCUAAGCGGGGGGAGCUGGCUUUGAUCGCGGGGCUGGAUGACAAGCUCCUCGGCUUUAUUCUAGGAGCGCCCGGAGGCUGCCGACGACAUGGACAAUAAAUACGGUACACCAUCAGUCUGGAUGCCCGGCGAAGUCAUGGACGCGAGCUGGAAGAACUGCUUCGAGGAAGAGCUCCUCUGCCCCAUUUGCCUGAAUGUCUUUGACGAGCCGAUCCAGUUGCCCUGCAAGCACAACUUCUGCAAGGGCUGCAUCUCGGAGGCCUGGGCCAAGGAGAGCGCGGCGGUGCGCUGCCCCGAGUGCAACCACGACUACGACCAGAAGCCGGCGCCCGAGAAGAACUUCAAGCUCGCCAACAUCGUCAAGCGCUUCAACGCCCUGAACGCGGAGAAGGCCCCCGCCGUGCUGCACUGCGUCCUCUGCAGACGGGGCCCGCCGCUGCCCGUGCGCAAGGUGUGCCUGCGCUGCAAGGAGCCCUGCUGCCAGACGCACGUCCAGACGCACCUCCAGCAGCCCUGCACGGCGCCGGGACACCUGUUGGUGGACAUUGAGGAGCUGAGCGCCUGGACCUGUCCCACCCACGAGGAGUACCGGCUGCUCCACUGCGAGGAGGAGCAGGUGGCUCUGUGCCCCUUCUGCUACAUCUCCCACUGCACGAACCAGAGGCACACGGUGUGCGACGUGGACACGCAGCGCGUGCAAAUGCAGGCCAUGCUAAUGAGGCAGCAAGACAGACUGGAUUGUCGCGUUCAGAGCAUCGACGAGCAGCUCGGCAAGCUGGAGUCAGAUAAGACCCUUCUGAAGGAGGCCGUGUGCGAGCUGAAGGAGCGCGUCCAAGCCCAGUACCAGAGGAUGCACGCGCUGCUCGAGGCCAACCAAGCGGAGACCGUGCAGAUGCUGGAGAGCACCUACACCAUGUACGCCAGGAAGAACUCCCAGCAGGUCCUGCAGCUCAACGACAAGCGGCAGGAGUCGGAGAAGCUCCUGAGCUCGGCGCAGUCCUUCUUCCAGAGAGCCGAGAGUUUGACCUUCAUGAAGAACACCAAACCUUACCAGCUGCUGAUGGAUAAGUUAAAUUCACAUCUAAGUGGAGCCAUCCCUCCACUCAAAGUGGGCCAGCUCAACUCUCAUCAUUUUCUAUCCGACCUCUCCACGAGGGAGAAGAACCUGCGGAAAAUGCUGGAAGAACCGUUCAAUGAAGCGUCCAUCCUCGAGAUCGUCCAGUCCCAAAGCAGCCACGCUGGCUCUCAGCUGGGAAUGAGUUCAGGCCUGCAGAAGAGGAAGUACGGCAUGGCUUUCCUGGAGAGUAACACAGAACCCUCCUCCUCCCCGCCGGAUCCCCCGCAUUUACUCUACAGCAGCAAAAAGGCCUUCCUGAGCGACCAGAGCCACCGUUCCUCGUCCGUGUACUCCUCCGAGGUCCUCCCACAGACCACCCACACCUCCGGUCGCCUCCUGGACUCUGCGGCUCAUCACAUGGUGGGUCUGGGGUCCAGCUCCAGCCACCACUCAGGAAACCUGUUCCCGUCCUCGCACUUCCCCGGCGGCGGCGGCGGCGCGGGGGCGGCGGCGCAGCAGCCCAUGUACGAGAGCAGGAAGGUGCUGAUGUGCACCCUGAACAACUGCUGCUGCUCCAGAGCGCCGGCCGCCCGCGCCCAGCCUCCGUACCCGGCGGCGGACACCUUCCCCUCUCAGGAGUUCCCCCCGCAUGCCCUGCUUCCUGCGAGUCAGCCCCUGCAGCAUUUUCCCGUCAGAGGCCUGAUGGACGCGUCGCCGGCUGCCAGGCACCCGGAUUUCUACGGCCUGUAUGGCCAGUCUUCAGCCAAGCAUUAUGGGACCAAAUGAACCAGAAUCAGCGAUUUGGUUGAUUGUUUAUUUUAUUUUUAACGCUUCUGGAGAUCCAUCGUAGGCCGUUUAUCACAGUAACACUAGUAACUCCCAAACCCGUUGUAAGGUUGCAGUUAGUUUCUUUUUUAUUUUUUAACUUCACUGGAAGUGCUGAUGUGAAUAUUUUAGUCUUAAAAAUGCAUCCAAGCAGCAAACGAGGAAGUGACAUAUCCUUCAUCACGAGUCCUGCCGGUCGGACUCCAGUGCCUAAAAGAGACUGUUAGCACCAACUUUUAAUGUACUUGCAACUCCUUAGCUCUUGAUUAUUUCCUGCUUGUGGCUGAAAGCGAGCGGGGGGGGGGGAAACCUCCUCGUGCAGCAGGGAGGUCGGCGUGGCUCGAGGAGAGAAAAGCAAAACACUGGACUCCAAAUGCCUCUCAGUUUUUUUUCAUGUAUUUUUUUAUAGAAGAAUAUCAAUAAACCAAAGUAUGUGAAAGAUGUCGAAUAAAUGAGCAGAUUUAAAAACCUCU